CGCUGGAGGCGCUGCGCUCCUCCGAGGAGCCCCGGACCCCCGACUCCGACGGCGCCUCGGACGCCUCGGACGCGGACCCUGUGCUGGGUCCCCGGAGCCCUUCUCCCGCCGCGGAGGCAGUUGAGGAAGAAAUGGCGGUUCCUAAUCAACUCUGCAUUCGCCGCUGGACUACUAAGCAUGUGGCUGUGUGGCUAAAAGAUGAAGGCUUUUUUGAAUAUGUGGACAUUUUAUGUAACAAGCACCGACUUGAUGGAAUCACAUUGCUAACGUUGACUGAGUAUGAUCUUCGAUCUCCUCCUUUGGAGAUCAAAGUCCUAGGGGACAUUAAAAGGUUAAUGCUGUCAGUCAGAAAAUUACAGAAAAUACACAUUGAUGUCUUAGAAGAGAUGGGCUAUAAUAGUGACAGUCCCAUGGGUUCUAUGACCCCAUUCAUCAGUGCUCUUCAGAGUACAGACUGGCUCUGUAAUGGAGAGCCUUCACAAGACUGUGACGGACCCAUCACUGACUUGAAUUCUGAUCCAUACCAGUACAUGAAUGGCAAAAACAAGCACUGUAUUCGAAGAUUGGAUCCAGAGUACUGGAAGACCAUACUGAGUUGUAUAUAUGUUUUUAUAGUAUUCGGGUUUACAUCUUUCAUUAUGGUCAUAGUCCAUGAGCGAGUACCUGACAUGCAGACCUACCCACCACUCCCAGAUAUAUUCUUAGACAGUGUUCCUAGAAUUCCAUGGGCCUUUGCGAUGACUGAAGUGUGUGGUGUGAUUCUGUGCUAUAUUUGGCUUCUGGUCCUCCUUCUUCACAAGCACAGGUCAAUUCUUCUUCGAAGGCUCUGUAGUCUGAUGGGCACUGUAUUCUUGCUUCGCUGCUUUACCAUGUUUGUGACCUCCCUCUCCGUGCCAGGACAGCACCUGCAGUGUACUGGAAAGAUAUAUGGCAGUGUAUGGGAGAAAUUACACCGGGCCUUUGCCAUUUGGAGUGGCUUUGGUAUGACCCUGACUGGCGUGCAUACUUGUGGAGAUUACAUGUUCAGUGGCCACACUGUUGUCCUAACAAUGCUGAAUUUCUUUGUCACAGAAUAUACACCAAGAAGCUGGAAUUUCUUACAUACUUUAUCCUGGGUUCUCAACCUCUUUGGAAUCUUCUUCAUCUUGGCUGCUCAUGAACAUUAUUCAAUUGAUGUGUUUAUUGCCUUUUAUAUAACAACAAGACUCUUUUUGUACUACCAUACCCUGGCCAAUACCAGAGCUUAUCAGCAGAGUAGGAGAGCAAGAAUUUGGUUUCCCAUGUUUUCUUUUUUUGAAUGCAAUGUUAAUGGCACAGUACCUAAUGAAUAUUGUUGGCCAUUUUCAAAACCAGCAAUAAUGAAAAGACUAAUUGGAUGAAGACUGUAUCUUCUUUGUAAUGAGUUCAUGGUUAAAUACAUAGUUGUUAAAAAUGAGUAACUUUGCUUUCUCUCCCAGGUUGUUCCUGGAUGUCUGAAUGUAUUGCAUCUUGGCUUACAUGUUGACAGAUUUGCUAGUUCUGAGCAAGCCUGUAAUUAUUUAAAAAAAAGAAAAAGAAAAAAAACAAACAAAAAAAGAAUGAAUAAGAGUUCUUACUUAGUUGUGUGAACAGAAAGUUUAAGUAGAGUUUUUCUGCCCUUUCACUUUAGGAAGACUCAUGUUUGAUUCUUGUCAGGCUAUUACUCUUACUUAUUGAGUAUUUGCUUAAUGAAUGAACGUAAGCAAACCAAUUUUAACAGCUUGUUGGCUGAAGAGUUUUUAUUGAUUUCUAGUAGGACUUCAGUUAAGAAAUAAUACUUUUUUAACCUCUUUAUUAUCUUCAAAAGGAAAACACCUUACUAAGUGAACACUACUUGCUUUUUGAGCUAAUCUCUAUGUCUAUCUAGAAAGUGUUUUAUUGACAAAUAUUUUUUGCUUUCUGAAUCAUCUUUAAGCAAAGUAUACUGGUACAAGGUCCUGAGUUCAAACUAGUAAGCCUGAAACAAGAGAAUGCGAGUAGCCACGCAUGAAAUGACAAAACACUGAUGAGGAUGUCACUGGCCUUCUCAUUAAUGCACAUGUAGGGCUAGCAUUUUCCACCAAAGAUGCAACAAAAAAUGCAAUUCCUAUUUUGUGCUGAAGGUUCAGUGAGAACAUCAGUAAGUAUUCAUGAGGGAAAGAUGACUGCAUUCAUAAUAAUAAAUUGAUGUAAUUUAGGUGGUGUAUGGACCUGAAAUAACUUUGUGCUGUAAUUGUUAGAGAGAUGACAGCACGAUGUAACACUUUUUUAAUGGUGUUAUGUAAUGAGCCAAAUAAGAGUGUUUUAUGAAAUGUUAAAAGUUCUUGUCAGUAAGGGAAGUUUGCAUGCAGAUUUUUUCGUCUUCUGAAAAGAAAUGAAAAGAUUGUAGGUAUAGUGUUAAUUUUUUUUUUGUUUUUGAAAUUUCUCAUUCUUAACUGUCAGAAGUAAAUAAUCUGAGACAUAGUUGGAUACAAAAAAGAAAGUUUGUUGUUUUUUAUUUUU